AUGUUCCUUUAAAAUAUUUUCUGUUUUUUCUUAUCUGUUAAUGUGUUCAUUUUAGUUUAUAAUAAGUAUGCAGCUAAUGCCAGAAGAAGGCGUUGUUUCAUCUCAACAAACCACAUACCACUGUAUGUAUAAGAUAAUGAAACUUGACAAACUGCUUUUGCUUCAAGUAGUUCCUGGGAAAGUAUCUUCUUACACACCAGGUGGCAUUCUUACUAUCGACACUUUGCUGCUCAAAGCUGCAUGCCAGAACCCUUUGAUAGGAGCAGCAAAUGGUUAUAUUCCGACAUUGUUUACUUGAUCUUUUUUAACCCAAGUGAACCUUCAUCAUGACUGAAAUAUGGCUAAUAACUAGAAGGACUUCAACUAUGUUUUUAAUUAUUACCUCAGUGAUUUCCAUGUCUCCGCUGGAAUCUUCAGGCUUUCAGCUAACCACUGAGAAGAUGAAGUAUGACGAUGCAAGGAGUUACUGUAGAAACAUGAAUAUUGAUGUAGCCACUGUUUACAAUUUAGCAGAAGUUAAUAUCAUGCUCAGUUUAGUUUUGCCAUCUGGUCGUAACAUUUGGAUAGGACUGGAGGUUGGAGACCUUUGGAUUUGGCACUGGACUGGGUCUGAUCGAGGAACAAGCUUUUUAAACUGGGAUACUGGAGAACCACAGGAUAACGAACAAGAAGCAUGUGCAGUAAUGAAUCAAAAUGGAAAGUGGCUUGAAAAUGACUGUCAAACUCCAGAGAGCUUUGUUUGCCAAGGUAUUGGGGAUGUCAGCACUUACAUCUUUGUUGAGGUUAAGAAAUCGUGGAGGGAUGCUCGCAGUCAUUGCUGGAACCUUUCAUCUGAUCUGGUUACAAUACACUCAGCAGAGGAAAAUAAAGCUGUCCGCAACAUAUCCACUUCUGAAAGGUUGUGGAUUGGCCUUUUCAAAGAUCCGUGGACAUGGUCGGGUGCCAGUAACUCAUCAUUCCGCUUUUGGGAUGCCAAUGAACCCAACUAUGGUAGCAAUGGCAACUGUGUAACAGCUGACUUAGGAAACAAUGGAAAGUGGUCCACUCGGAACUGCAAUAACAGACACAGAGUCAUUUGUGGGACAGCUCAGACCGGAACAUCAUUCCAAACAACAACCCAAUCACCAGCUCCAAUCUCGACUGUCAGCAGUUUUUACUCAGAAGACGGCCUGAUAUUAAUCCAGAAAAAUAUGACAUGGAUUUCAGCUUUGAGCUUCUGCAGGGAGCACUAUGUCGACCUGGUUCAGAUUACCAGUGAGGCCAUUCAAGACAAAGUGGCUGAGAAGGCAAGAAGCUCUACGUCCCCUCACGUGUGGCUUGGCUUACGCUACACUUGUAACUUUAAUUUUUGGUUCUGGACCAGCUCGACUGCAGGCUGUUACCAGAACUGGCAGCCAGGAGAAGGACCAGAAAGGGCAACUCAGUGUGGCGAGAGUGCGGCCAUUAAGUCCACAGGGAGGCAGCAGUGGGUCAGUCUGCCAGAAACACAGGAGCUGAAUUUCAUCUGCCAGACCUGUGGUAACUGAGAGUGGAUUGCCAGUGACACUUUCAGUGAAGACAGUGAUGAAAUUAUCAUGAAGCUGGUUCUGAAUUGCAUUUUUGCAAGGUUUUUAAGAUGUAAAACACCAAACAUUUCGCAUUUCUGAAUUACAAACAAGGUAUUAUGAUUGUGCAUGAAUGGGUGAAAUACACCAUCCUCUGCUAUUGUUCAUGUCUAACUCUAAAUUAAUAUGAACACACUAAAUGUUGCAUGGGUGUGCAGAUUCACAGACAUACGUAGCAAGAGUACUGUGAGAAAAUUGAUUGGCGCUACACCUCUUGUUCAGGGGUGAAAAUCUGCAUAUUGACCUCCUGACCUGGCUGUCAAGAGCGUCUGCUUGAAACCAAAGUCAAGGGACUGGCCCUCAGGAGUGCUUACAGAGAAAACAGAGCGUACCGAUACACCAUAAGUACACAGAAAGUUACUCAGAGCUAUGAUAACAAAGAAAAUAAUAUUUUUAAGUACUUUGCACUUUUUUUUAAUCAGUGACAUUUUUCACUACCUUUAUGUUUCAAUUACAAAAUAUUAUUAUUUUUUUACUGCUAAUGAAUAAGUUGUUGUAUUUGUGUUAGUACAUGUUUAUUUUUAUGUCUUUAAUAACAUCGCAGACUUCCUUUUUUUUUUUUUUUUUUUUUUUUUUUUUUUUUUUUAAGUGACUCAACAUACCAGUGGAACCUGUCUGUAAUUUAAUGCUGGCACGUGUCGGAAGCAAUCAGAGAGAUCACAGAAGGUGUGGCGUAAAAAACCAUGCACAACAUUCCACACUUUGUGCUCUGUACUGUGCAACCACUCUACAUUUGUAGAUCAUGAUUAAAUGGCCACAUGUAGUUCCUUGCAAAAGUAUUUAUGUUUCUUUCACUUAUAUUUUGUCACGUUGCAGCAAAGACUUGUUGGAUUGCGUUUCAAACAAUAUUUGUUAGAUGGAGGAAAAGUGAAAUGUCUGCAAAUAAAAAUGUGGAAAAGUGU